AUGACCGCAGAAAAACCAUCAUAUAUCAUCGCUGGAGCUGGCGUGUUCGGAGUAUCCACUGCCUAUCAUCUAAUCAAGAAGUACCCUGACGCAUCGGUGACUUUGAUUGACCGGGAUGCAUUUGAUGCAGAUUACCGUGUGGCCGCCUCGUGGGAUUGGAAUAAGGUGGUACGCGCCGACUACGACGAUAUAGUAUACUGCCGGCUCGCACUAGAAGCGCAAGACAUCUUCAAGUCCGAUCCGCUUUGGAAGCCGUAUUUCCACGAGACCGGGAUCUUCUGGAUGUGUCGCAGCAACUACGCGCAGGAUGUCAUCGACAACUAUAAGAAACUCGGCCGAAAUGCUGAUCUUUCUGCCGUGUCCGUCAGCGAGGCCCGUAAGUUGUACAAUGGGCUUUUCGAAGACGCUGAUUAUACCGAUGUCAGAGAAGUACUCAUCAAUAAGACCAGUGGUUGGGCUGCCGCUGGAGAUGCUUUGCGGGCCAUCACCAGCAAAGCCUUAGAACUAGGUGUCAAGUAUGUGACUGCUGAAGUUGCAACACUGCAACUCGACAACCGAGGUUGUUGUUAUGGAGUCAAGACAGCGACUGGGGAGAUUUUGACUGCUUCACAUAUUAUUCUUUGCACUGGUGCAUUUACGCCGAAACUGUUGGAGCUGAGUGCUGCAAGUAGUGGCCUGGCUGAUCUUCGAGCUGGACCCAGAAUUGUGGCGGGUGGCAUUACAACGGGAAUGACGAAACUAGAUGACAAGUCAUAUGAGAGGUUUACUGGUAUGCCUGUGGGUGUUCAAGGGUAUACUGCGCAGAUAGGUCCUUUUAUUGGUAGUCUUCCACCAACUCAGGACAGAGAGCUUAAGUGGUGGGGACAAACGAUAUUCAAAAAUACUCGGGAAAUGUUGCCUGGCCGCCACAUUUCAGCGCCGCCUCCGGAACCCGACUACGCUCAGUGGAAGGUUUCCGGAAGACUUCAGGAAGAUAUUCACCAUGCGAACAAUGUGUUUUACGGGAAGAAAGGUGCACACUGGAAGAUGGAGAAAUAUCGUAUCUGCUGGUAA